AUGAAGAAGAAAUUAUUUUCACAACUUCUAGCAAUUCUCAGGAAUAAAAGUCGAAAAAAUGGAACAAAAUCAAAGGAAAGAAAAAUAACACUACCAAAUGGUACAUUAAUAACUUUGGAAUGCAGUCCAGGUCAACAUGGUUGCGGUACAGCUUCAGCUCAAUUGAAUUCAUUUCAACGUAUGCCAACAAUACUGGAAGAAGCUGAAGUCUGUUUUUAA